GCCCUCAAUGUAAAAUGACGUUGCAUGCGAAGCUCAUUUUUAUUCAUAUCCACAAUUCGUAGCGAAAAUUUGUGCGGCAAAUUGUAAAUCGUCGUCAGUGAAGAAGUACAAGUCUUGAACCAAAAUGGCCAGAACAAAGCAGACAGCUCGAAAAUCCACCGGAGGAAAGGCUCCAAGGAAACAGCUGGCAACAAAGGCAGCUAGGAAGAGUGCUCCAUCCACAGGUGGUGUAAAGAAGCCUCACAGAUACAGGCCUGGUACAGUGGCUCUCCGAGAAAUCAGGAGGUACCAGAAGUCCACAGAAUUGCUCAUCAGGAAAUUGCCAUUCCAGAGAUUGGUUAGAGAAAUUGCUCAGGACUUCAAAACAGACCUCCGAUUCCAGAGUGCAGCUAUUGGUGCUCUCCAGGAAGCAAGUGAAGCCUACCUCGUGGGAUUGUUUGAAGACACCAACUUGUGUGCCAUCCAUGCGAAACGAGUGACAAUCAUGCCUAAGGACAUACAGUUGGCCAGAAGAAUCCGUGGUGAACGUGCUUAAAAAACUCCAUCCAGUUUCAUUUCAUCACUCAUCUCAUGAAGUUAAAAACUAAAUGAUCAGACAAUUUCUACGGAUCAUGCAAGUCAUACUAGAUGAACUACAAAAUUAAGAAUGUGCAACUUAUUUUUUUGCAAGGACUUUAGGAAAAGAUCAACAGACUAGAAAAAACAUGAAAUAUACCUCUAGCAUGGACAUAAAUUCAUAUGAACUGAAUUGUGUGUAGAGUUUAAACAUCUCAUCAAUUGCAGCAAUUUUUACUUUACUGAUUUUAACAUUGGAUUUUAACAGUUGAUCAACGAAGUGAAUUCUUUUAAUCUGUCUAUUCUUGCUCUUAUCUAUCAGGUUGUAGUGAUCAACAAGAUAUUGUAUUUUCAAUUUUGCAAAUUUUCUUGAGAAAGAUAUUGGCAAUCAAAGCAGCAGUGCAAGAUCUUGUUAAUUACUAUCAUUGACUUUUGUGUUGUUGUAAGUGUUUUUGUAUCGUUUUGGUCAACAAAAUAAAUGUAGUAUAUUUAUUA